AUGAAAGGAAACAGUGAUGGAGAAAAGUCUAAUGGAGUAGAAAAUUUAAUGAUUGUAUUAGAUAAUAUGGAUUAUCAUCAUGAAUAAGAAAAAAAAGAGAAUUUUUAAGAAAAUAAUAAACUUAAACUGAAAAAACACAAAAAACUACAAAAAAAUAAAGACAAACAAAAUAGUAAACAUUAAAAUUUAGAAUUAUUAAAUUUAUGUAAAUAUAAUAAAAAAGAAAAAAUGAAAGUUAUUAUUAUAGAAGAAAAUGAUAAUUAAGAAUCAAUAAAAGACUUAAAAUAGAAAGUAAUUCCAUAACUUUUAGAGAAAUAAAUUAUUACAUAAAAUAAAGAAAAAAUAUAAAAAUAAUAUGAUAGUUCUUUUCAAGAAAAUCUAAGAGAAAAAUAACAAAUAUCAAGUCCAAAAUUUAUAAAAGAGACAGAAAUGUAAACUGACAAUAAAUGCGAUAUAAAGAAAUUAGAAAUUUUUCACUUAUUAAAGAUAUCUUAAAAUUUUAUUUUAUCAAUGCAUAGUUUAACUGAAAAAAUUAUAAAAAUGUAUGUUUGA